AUGUGCCACUUCCUCCUGCCCUGAGAGGACUGACGGGAUGCAAGAUGGGUCACCUUGCUCUGUUCACUUACGUGGUGGCUGCCGUCACCUCCGGAUGUUUGGCGUUCAACAUUGACACGGUCAACACCGACAUCUACCCAGGCGAGCCCGAGGAUUUCUUUGGAUACAAAGUUCUUCAGUUCAUGUUUGGAGAGGACAAAGGUGUGCUAGUCACUGCACCCCUGAAGCAAAAUGGAUCCGGGGCAAUCUGCAGAUAUGAUGAAAGCCAAAAAUCCCGCUGCUUCGUCCCUGAAGACAUUUCCAUCUCAGGCAGAACGCUCCCACUCAAGCACUUUGGACUGUCCAUAGCUGAGGACUCAACGCGCUCCCAGUUCACUGUGUGCAGCCCGAGUCUGGUGCAUGAAUGUUAUCAGAACUCGUUUCUGCAUGGUGCAUGCUUCAAUUUUGACAAUCAGCUCCAGGAAAUCUUUAACUUCACCCCUGCAUUCGAAAAAUGUACAAAGAAAACUGUGGACCUUGCCUUUCUCUUUGAUGGAUCAGAAAGUAUGGCAACCGAAGAAUUUCAAGAAAACAUAAACUUCAUAGAGAGUAUAAUGCACGGCCUGAAGAACUCAUCAAUCAAGUUUGCUGCAGCUCAGUUCUCCUCAAAAACCAGGAAAGUUUUUGACUUCAAAGACUAUGAAGAGGGGCGUGCCUCGGAUUUAUUAAGGAACGUAAAACAUAUGAAGGACCUUACCAACACGCAUGGGGCGCUACAUUUUGUGCUGGAUAACAUCCUUGAAGACCCAGCAGCCGGAGCCUCUCAUGAUGCGACCAAAGUUGUGGUAAUAAUCACAGAUGGGGAUCCCAGUGAUAAAGACAGAAGAGGCAUUAUUGCAAAGUAUGACAGUAAAAACAUCAUUCGAUUCGUCAUUGGGGUCAAAAAUGUGACUCUGGACAAACUUAAGACCAUUGCCUCACAUCCAAAAGACACCAACACAUUAAAAAUUUCAAACUACAGCGGACUCACAGACAUCCUGGGAAACUUUGAGAAAAAGAUCUUUAACAUAGAAGGCUCCAAAGCAGCUUUGGCUGACAACCUCGUUAAUGAAAUGUCUCAGAGUGGGUUCAGUGCCGCCUACCACAAGGGCACCUUGGUCCUGGGGUCAGUGGGCUCAAACUCCUGGAGUGGUGCUCUCCAUGAGUUUCAAAGCCCCUCAUCUGUGAGGCAAAUUCAGGAUGCAAACUUAACUGCUGACUCUUACGCAGGAUACUCCAUUUCAACCGGAGAGUGGAAUAAUAUAUCUUUAUAUUUCACUGGUGCACCAAGAUAUAACCACACAGGAGAGGUCAUAUUUUUCAGUCAAGCAGAUAAGAACUGGACUACAGAGGAAAGAUUAAAUGGGGAACAGAUUGGUUCCUACUUUGGAGCAGAGCUGUGCGCUGUAGAUGUCGACUCCGACGGCAACACAGAUUUCCUACUGGUGGGCGCACCGCUGUUUCACCACUCUCAAGAUAAGAGAGAGGGACUGAUCAGCAUCUACAAACUGACUCAUGAGCUGAAACUGAAGAGCGCAAUGAAUGUCUCUGUGCCGUCUCGGGGCAGAUUUGGGACCACCAUCACUUCUGUUGCAGAUCUAAAUGGAGACGGUCUCCGAGAUGUAGCCGUCGGUGCACCACUGGAGGAUAAUAAAAAGGGGGCUGUGUACAUUUACCUUGGUGACAAACACACAGGAAUACGCAGCAAUUACAGCCAGAGAAUCAUCGGAAAGAAAAUAGACUUUGGGCUGCAGCUCUUUGGCCAGGCAAUCGAUGGAAACGUCGAUCUUGAUGGCGAUGGACUCACAGACAUUGCGAUUGGAUCAAAGGGAAAAGUCGUCAUUUUGAGGUCCAGGCCUGUCUUUAAUGUCUCGGCUUAUAUGAGCUUUGAACCGGCUGAGAUAAGCACUGACAAAAUUGACUGCCCAGAUACCACAGACACGUCUCUACUCAUGGUUACUUUAACCGUCUGCUUCAACCUGACCGAGACGACCUCGAGACCAGCAGAGACACCAGAACCUGGACUGAACAUCUCAUACGUCCUUAAUGUGGAUUCGAUGAGGCAAACAAAACGAGGUUUCUUCAGGGAACAUGACAAAAGAGCUAGUCAUCUUAAAGUUUCCCAGAAGCUGUCUGAUUCAGUGACCUGCAUCAACCACCCUGUCUACAUGCCGAAAUGUGUGACAGAUACUUUAUCACCCAUCAGCAUCAGGCUGAAAUUUGAGGAAGAACAAAGUGCGACCCAGGCUGCCUUCCUGAAUGUGGACAGUGUCACACAGGCUGUUGCCGAGGUGCCUUUUGAAAAGUACUGCACAAAAAACGACACCUGUAUCGCGGAGCUUGAUGUGAAUUUUGAAUUCAGCACCCCAACGUUACUGGUGGUGGACCAGGACUACUUUAAUGUCACCGUGGUGUUGCUGAAUCGAGGCGAUGACUCGUACAACACCAGCUUGACAUUCCACUAUCCUCCAGGCCUCUCCUUCUCCAUGAUGACAUUUGUGACGGGAACAAGGUCGGUGCUGCACUCCUGCAAUGACCUAGAGGGCGUGCUGGACAAAACGGCGUGUGGUAUCAGCCUCCCUGUCUACCGACACAAUUCCACUGCAACAUUUAAGACUUUAUUCCGAAUCAUGAGCUCCCACGAUUGGAACGAGACAAUGUCGAUGACCAUUAUUGGGCAAAGCGAUAAUGGAAACUCGACCAGAGGCUCCUUGACCAAAAGCAUCGAUGUACAAUUUCAAAUUCAUUUGGCAGUAACAGUGAAUGAAGACUCCAUCACCUACCUGAACUUUACACCUGAGGACAGUGGACCGAAAAUACUAUCCACUAUAUAUGAGGUGAAGAACCUGGGUUUUAAAAGUGUGCCUGUUUAUGUGACCCUGUACAUCCCAACAAAACUGGAGCACAACUUUGAACUGAAGAACUAUCAAGUCUCAAAUUCACAGAAAAAAACUGAGUGCAAAGAAGUCAACGACGGCGAAUCUGAGCUCUGCUCCUCGGACAAACACGGCUGCAAAUCCAUCAUGUGUGAGUCAUUCGUUCUGGACAAAUAUUCAACUUCGACAUUUAUUCUGACUGGGGAGGUGACCUUUAAGGACCUCAAGCAACACGCAGAGAAAAAUGGGCUGGUGAAACAAUUCACUGGAGAUGGAGCGGAAGUUCUGUUUCACAGCUCUCUAAAGGUUGGCUACGACAAAAAGCGCUAUGUUCUGGCAUCUAGUAAGAACAAGAAUAAAGACCAAUCUGCGAGUUUCCCCCAAAUAAAGGGCGAUGUUAAGGUUGAGUUCAUUGUUUCCCCAAAUGAACCACUGAUCAUUGGAACAGGAGUUUCAGGGGGACUCUUGCUUUUGAUCAUCAUCAUUGUAAUCAUGUUUAAGAUGGGGUGCUUCAAGAGGAAAACUGUCGAGUAUUACCAAGAGCAAGAGGAAAAAGCGAAUGAUGACCUGGAGGACUCCGAGGGAGAGGCAGACGGCCAAUCCCAGCCUGAAAACAAGCCUGACCAACCUGCAGAGGCAAAACCGCUUCUUAAUGAUGGUUUCGCUGCCACCAACAGCAGCCCGCCGAGCAACAUGGAGGAGGAAUCGGAAAAAACACAGUCUGCCACCACUCUGCCAUCAGAUCAUUAUGCUAACGUUAUCUGAGGUCAUUCUCAGGGAAGACACUUGCAAAAACUGGAACCUUGUUAUUUCUUUCAUAAUGUAUUGGUAAUAUUAUUUAAGGGAUGGUCCAUCUCUAAAAGUCCAUUCCAGUCAUAAGCACUCACUUCCUUUACAGUAGAAACUUGCUUUCUGUUUUCAUACAAGUACCACAGUGUCUGUAAGCACAACACCAGAUCGACUUUUGACUCUUACAGCAAUUGGUGGCCAGUUCUUUCUGGAUGGAGAAAGUUGUCCUCACGUAAUUUGUGCAGCAUUAUCCAUGUCUCAGUGAGCCAGAUUCCAUUAUUCAAUGAUGGAAAAAGGCCUGAGAUCAUUGUGCUAAUGGAACAACUUCAGCAGGUUCUCCUUGUUCUCUGUGGACUGUGGAAAUCAUCCAGUGAGAAAUGUCCAGUGCUCACAACACGGAGUGAAGCAGCGGAGGAGUUUAUGUAAGAGCCAAGACCCAUUAACCACAGCGUCAGUCUCUCUGGUCCACUCAGUGGUGGUCUGUGGAAAUUCUCCGCUACAGCCUGUAACUAUGUUGAGAUUCUGCAUGCUACCAUUUGUAAGAAACCUCUAAAACUCGGACCAAAAACCUUCUAUACCUGCUGGAGAAAACAGAUUUUAGUGCACACAGUAUUGUCUGCCAGGUUCAGGGUUUGGGGACAUAUAGAGGUUUAUUGGGGACAUAUAGAGGUAUAUUAAGUACUUUAGUGGACAUUUUUAACUUGAUCGAUCUGGAAAAUACUGGCCACCAUUUACUUCAGUUGUUGGGCAAAAAGUCGAUACAGUGUCCUGCUAACAAACUCUGUUGGUUGUAUGAAAACUGACAGCUUUCGUGUUAAGGAGAUGAGUAAUUGUUAAGUGAAAUUUAGGUUUAAGGGUGAACUAUUCCUUUAAUGUGUUUGUUGGACACUUCCCAGCCUUUAAUUGUAAUUUUAUUUUGCUGGACCGAACCACUUAGUAUUACCUUAUGCAUACAUAUUUACACGACUAGAUUAAACCUUACUGCUGCAUAAUCCUUAGUUAUUUCUGCUUUCUUGUAAUAUAUUGGUUAAUCUUCUUUACAGUGUUUGAUGAGAAAACUCUUGUAUAUACAGUUAUUAUAAAAAAAAAAUGUAGCUAAAAGAGAUGUGCAACCAUUUGAAUUAGAGGCUGAAAUGUUUUUUGAGAAUCCUGUGAGUAACAGGAUGCUUGUGGGAUUUCCGUGGGGUCGGAGUCAAUGUGACUAUUCAUCACGUGACUGGGAUGAGACGGGAAAAAAAAAAGUCAACUGGAGCAGGCCGGACAACUUUGUAAUAGCAAUAUUUCCGUAAAACACGAACACAAUUUUUAAUAUGAAUAAAACUUUUCUUUAUUUUGAAAAUAAUGCUGGUUGUUCUGUCAUUUU